UGGAUGACAAGGUGACACCGAGAGCAAUGACUUCUUUCACACUAACCCUGACUGUGCUCAUAGCGACAUUCUGUGCUGUGCAGGCUCUGAGAUGUCACACCUGCACCAGCAUCCACGCCGACCAGCCGUCCUGUGCUGAGUCAGAGGUCAUGGAGGAGGAAUGUGGAGGGACUUUCACUUACUGCGCCAAAAUCAAGAUGCACCCGCCAGCUUACGGUGAGGUUUUAAAAUGUGCGACGGAGCGAGAGUGUAACAGCACCAUCCCGCCCCAGGUGGAGCGAAGCUGCUGCAUCACGGAUCUGUGUAACUAGCCAGGCGCCUCCACCACCUCCACCACCUCCACCACCUCCGCCUGCUGCCCGCCUGGGCUGCUGUUAUAUCUGUACAAGAUCACAUGUAGUUGUUUGGAAAGGAUUUGUACUUAACUUGGCAUUCCUCAGUGAACUGAAAUUAGAAUCAGAUUAAUGCUUUGCUACUGAACUUAAUUCAAAUAAAAAUACAUAUAUUUUGUUACUAAUCCUUAAUUAAAAUCAACAUACAUUAUAUUACUACUGUUGGGACUGGCCAUGAUAAAUGUUCUGGAAAAAAAAUCUACAUUAUUGU